AUGGAGAUGGAGGACCACAGGGUGUAUGCCACGGCUGAUGUACCCCCCAACGUUCGAGCGCCGCCCAAGAAACGCAGGCGCAUCGUCAUCUCGUGCACCGAAUGCCACCGGAGGAAGCAAAAGUGCGAUCGCGACCUGCCCUGCGCCAAUUGCAAAGCACGCAAGAAGGAAUCCGCCUGCCGCUACGAAACCAAUGCGCCGACGGCCAAAGAGCGCGGCCAGACGUCGAUCGACAGCAGCAGACCGGGCCACAACGGGCCGACGCUGCCACCACUCCAGAGCCUCGCCGCCGCCGCCGCCAACUGGGGCUACUCGCCGUCCGGGGGCUCGACCAUUGGCUUCCUCAAGAAGAUCGAAAGCGCCAACGGCGACACGAGCCUGUCCGCCUCGGCGCCGCCGACCGACGACGAACACUACGCCAUCAAGGAGCAAUACAAGUCCCUCAUCAGGCAGCUCCCGGCCAAGGGCUACAUCGAGCGGCUGAUCAAGAUUUACUUUCGCGAGUUCAACCACAACUACUAUCCCUUGGAUGAGGACAUCUUCCUCGUCCAGCUGGCCGAGUGGAACAACCUGUCCUUCAACACCCUGUCGUCGUCGGGGCCGCAGGGGCUGUCGCCUGACCUGCGCGUCUUCCCCGCCCUGCUCUUCCAGGUCCUCGGCACCGCCCUGCUCAUCUUGACGGACGAACCUCACGAGUUCUACGACCACCUGAAGUAUGCCGGGAGCAUGAGCUUCGAGGACCUCGCUGCCGACUACAGCGAGUCUGGCAUGAGCAUCCUCAAUCUGCUCGGCAAACGGCACCUGACGCUCUCCGCCGUGCAAACCACCUUUUUGCGGGCCAACUUUUUGAAACACGUCGGCAAGGUGACAGAAUCCUGGCAUGCGAUUGGGAGCGCAAUCAAGGAUGCGCAGGAGAUUGGCAUGCACAAGGACGCCCUGGAUCCGCAGCCAGCCAGCGACUCGACAGAGGACAUUUUGGAGAACCAGUGGCUCAUUCAACGAAGGCGACGGGUGUACAUGGUGCUCAUGAUGUGGGACGUCCACUGCGGGGUCGUGUUGGGCCGGCCAGGCACCAUACACUGGAAAUCGGCGUCGGCAAAGCCAAGCAUGCCGAUAGACGCGCCCAUACCCAAGGAUCGAAGAAAGACACCGGUCGUCUUGCGAGACGAGGAGCGCGACCCGCCGACGCCCAUCACGAAGCAGCUGCAGUCUUUCAAGCUGCUGAGUCCCCUGACAGAGGUCAUCGAGUUGGAGCAGGAUGGGCCCUGUCCAAAGAACUACGACAAGGUAGACCGCAUCCACCACCUCAUUUCGAGGCUCGCUGAAGAGACGCCUGCCUAUCUGCGACUCAUCAACCCGGACAGGCGCUGGGACAACCAUCCAGACUGCUCCUGGUGGCUCCAAUCGUGCCGAUUCUGGAUCCAUCCACUUCAGCAUUUCAACUUUAUUGCACUCCAUCGACCCUAUGUCUUCAACAGGCAAGAGAGCCGGGCGGUCGCACUGCGCGCCAGUAUCGACACAUUGCAAGCACAGAUGGAGAUGUUCCAGAGCAUGGAUUCCAAGGCGUGGAGGAACUUCCUGCUUUUCUUCGGCAGCUUCGACGCCGUGGUGCUCAUGGCUUCCAUCUACAUCCUCUUCCCCAAGGAGAAUAUGGAGCUCGCGAGCACGGCCUUGCAGCAGUUCCAAUGGACGCAGGAGCGGUUCGAGGCCAUCGCGGACCGCAACCGGCUGGCCAACUCGGCGCGCGGCGUGCUGCAGGCCAUUUACAAAAAGUUCCGCAAGGUCAUCGAGAACCAGCUGCCGCCGCGCAGCAGCACGUCGAGCCUCUCGCGGACGCCCGGGUCGACGGCCGACAGCCUGGCGUCGGCGCGCGAGUCGGUCUCGACGGGCCUCACCAACUUUGACACGUCGCCGCCCAUGGACGCGCACGACAUGGACGACAAGCACAUGGUCAUGCCGCCGGCCGGCGCUGCCGACGCGGCCUACCCGCCGCCGCAGCCCCAGGUGCCGACCGACUGGUCCAUGCCGGCCAACUUUGACUUUGCCAACAUGGCGCCGCUGUUCCCCAUGAACGACAUUAUCACGCACGACCUCAACAUUGUCGGUGGCGGCAUGGCCUGGAGCCCGCCCUCGGCGCCGGCGCAGCAGCACAUGGUGCCGGGCAUGUUCGAGGGCGACUUUGGCGGCGACAGCUUCUGGAGCCUGAUGAACCAGUACGAGCCCGGGCCGAUGUGA